AUGGCGGCGUCUGCAAAGAUUAGCGACGGAGAUCACGAUGCGGUGGAGCUUAUCGUGUGUCUGUGCGACGCUUUAGCAUCAGCACCGGCACCUGAUGAAAUCAGUAGCGAUGGUGCCGUUUCAGACUCGGAGGAGAUAACUCCACUGUUGAAGCCUAAGAUCAAUAUCUUCUCCUUGUCUCACUCCCGCAGAAAGCCUCGAGAGCUGAAGAAGAAGGCAGAAGAAGCUUGUAAAGAUCGCCUCAGACCUUGUGAUGUUGAUGAAGAGAUCUCUGGUGUAUUGUCUUUGGCAUUGGAUAUUGAAAGAGGAGAGCUUGUAGAGGCUACUGUUAGAGUGGAGAGAAAAGGCUUGUCUGCAGAGAGGAGCACUGCUGCUUUUGGAAAUCAUAUUGAGGCAGAGAAGAAAUAA